AUGUUUUCACCUAUCAAAUACUGUGCAAUAGACUAUUUAUACGAGAAUGCAAUUCAAAAGAGGUUUUGUAGAGAUGCUUUGUUGCUUCAGAUCCCUUCAUGUUUACAUCAGGAUGAAAAUGAUCAUGUGAGAACUACUGGUGAUCAAUGUAGGAAGCCAUGGACAAAUGUCUCAGCUGAUUCAGUUUGUGGAAUAAAAGAUAUCUCAUUCUUGGAUCAAUGGAAAGCAAGUCCAGCUAUGAAGGAUUUUGUUGAGAAAGAAACAGUUACAGAAAUGCCAAUCCAGAUCAAUUGUGAAUUUGAUGAAGUUGUUCCAAGUUCAAACCCAAAUUCCCCAACUGAAGAGCUGAGCAGUCUCAUGGCAGAGGAAGUGGUCGAGUAUCUCGUUGAUUGGCUAUGGCUGCUGGCGCUAGCUGCUGGCUCUGUGGGGCAGGAACUGGCUAUUGAGAGAGAUGUAGAUUGUGGCAUCAGACGGCAAGAUUUUUUAAUUGAUGAUAAAGAAGUCUUUUUUGUAAAUGAUAUGAUGGCCUAUACAAGUCAUCCACCAGAUAAGCAUAUUCACUUAGGUAAUCUAAAACCAUGCUUGGUAGAAGAUUCUCUUUCAAAUUUCAAAGAACAGACCUCCACAAAACCAAAUUUGUUCAGGGAAUGUUUAUCUUUUCAAGAGAAUUUGGAAGUUAAUGAGAAAGAAGAUUUUUACAAGGAUAAACAGAAGUUUUGUCAGGAGAAACUAGAGGAUACAGUAUGUUAAAAUGAAGUUAUAAAACUUGCUUUCAAUAAUUUUCUUAUAAGUCCAUCAGUCUUGCCUAUUGAAUGUGAAUCUACAAGCCACAAACAAGAUAGUUCAUCAUUCUCAGAACAAAAGGAGUCAUUACAUUUAAUGCCAAAAAUAAUACAUUUUGUAGAUGAAAAUGAAAACCUUUUCACAAGAGGAAAGUUAGAAAUGCCAUUAACUCAUUUACAUAAAGCAACCCAAUAUUCUUCUGUAAAUCCAUUGUGUACAGGUCUUCAGAUAUUUCCAUUUUCUUCUGUUUGUAAAAUUAAUUUUCUUACCAUUAAAGGAUCAACUAAUAAAUAUUGGAUGGUAUUGCAGUUAGAAAGCUUUGGAGGUAUUUUGAAAACAUUUUUUCUUACAGUACCAAGAAUUGAAGAGCCCAACAGUCCACAUUCAGUUACACAUCUUAAAAAGAUAUUUUCUUUUGAAGAAAAGAGCCUUGUGUUUAGUCCUUUAAGACUAAAGUUGUGGAAGCAAGUAGAAUUGAGUAUGUUAAAAGUGAUGGUGCAUCGAAAUACAAAUUUGUGUCAUGAUUCUCUUUCUUCUGAAAAUACUGGAAAGGAGAUCUUCUUACCUACAAAUUUACUUCAGUUAAAGUUGCUACCACAAUGUAAGAGUGGUUCUUCUUCUAUUCUAUGCAUAAAUGAGAAAUCUGCAAAUGAUCAUAUAUCAUUUCCACAAAAGAUCCCUUCUCUGGUCAAAGAAAUACCAAAUCUAUGUUUUUCCAAUAAAUGUAUCUCUGUUAAAAGGCCAACAAAAGAAGACAAAACGAAGAAGGAUCCACAGCUAGUUUAUAGAAUAAUCGAUAAGAAAGAAAAUAAAGAUCACUUUGUCCUUGACUGUACAGCACCAGCUAUUGAAUCAUGCUGUUCUUCGGGAAGUGAGAAAGUAUCUGUUGAACAUGAUAAAAAACAAGAAAAUUAUAUGGAUCUUUUGAAUGAUUUCAUAAUGCUACGAAAUAGCUACAAGGCUUAUACCUCAAAGGCAGAAGUCAUAAUUAGUGAUAGAAAAGAAUUUCAAAAUAAAGAGGAACAUCCAGUGCCUCUUCAAGAAGAAAAUCUUAUUGUUUCUACUAAAAAGAAUCUAGAGAAAUUAAGUCAGGAAAAGGAGAUAGAUAACAUCAUUGAAGUCCAAGCAUCAGAUAGCCAGUGUCAAGCAUACUGCCUCCUAGAAGCAGCGGCUACUCCUAUCUUAAAGAAGCUUACAUACCUCUGUACUCUUCCUGCUGCUAAUUGGAACUUUGCCACUGUUAUCUUUGACCAAUCAAGGUUCUUCUUAAAGAAACAAGAAAAAGCAAUGUGUGAUGCUAUUCAUCAAGGUACAAAUGGUGGAAGAGAACUAACGCUCAAGUAUGCUGCUGUCUUACACCUUCUGGUAACAACUAGAGAUAUCCUGUUAACGUGUAAUUUGGACACAGCAUUGGGGUAUUUAUCAAAUGCAAAAGAUGUUUACAAAAGCAUUUUAGGUUCCUAUUUGGAUGGCAUUUGGAGACAACUGGAGAUUGUAUCAUUUAUUAAGAAAAAAAAUCCUGAAACAAACUACAAGAUACAAGAAUUGCAAUCUCACAUGUUAAAUUGGAUACAAAGUCAACAGCAAAUUAAGGUGCUGGUUAUAAUAAGAAUGGACUCAGAGGAUGAAAAAUACUGGCUCAUUAAAAUUCUUAAAAAUUUGGAAGGUUUGGAAUUGACUGUCUUUCCUUCAAAUGACCAAAAAGAUUCCCUGGAAACUAGAGGUGUUAUAAACGGUACCUGUCCCUGUAUGAUUGUACAUAAUAAACAUAUCGGAGCAAAUUUCCCCUGGAGUAGUUUCUCAUUUGUGGUGGAGUACAACUAUACAGAAAACUCCUGUUGGACUAAACAUUGUGAGAAGUUAAAUAUUCCAUAUAUGGCCUUUAAAACGAUUCUUCCAGACAGAGUUUUAAAUAGAAGAACUUUGCUGGAUAGAUUUGGUGGUUUUCUUCUGGAAAUUCACAUUCCCUAUGUAUUUUUUGCAUCAGAAGGACUUCUUAAUGCCCCAGAAAUACUUCAGCUGCUAGAAUCCAAUUAUAAUAUCACACUAGUGGAGAGAAGCUGCAGUGAGUCAUUGAAACUCUUUGGAGGUACAGAUCAUUAUGUAGUAGUAACAGUUGAUGAGUGUACUGCCAUAGUUUUGCAGGAUUUAGAAGAACUGAAUUAUGAAAAGGCAUCAGACAACAUUAUCAUGAGACUGAUGGCAUUAUCAUUCCAAUACAACUAUUGUUGGAUAAUUUUCUAUUCAAAAAGAACAUUUUACUCAGAGUAUCAUCUUACAGAAAAGACACAUCAUCACCUAGCACUGAUUUAUGCAGCUUUAGUUUCAUUUAUUCUAAAAUCUGUUGAACUGGAUGUGAAGCUUAUAAUUGCACCAGGAAUAGAAGAGGCUGCCUUGAUAAUUCGACAAAUUGCUGACUACAAUUUAAUGAACUCCAAGAGAGAUCCUCAUGAAUGGUUGGAUAAAUCCUGGCUCAAUGUGUCACCUUCUAAGGAAGAAAUGAGCUUGCUUGAUUUCCCAUGUAUUAAUCCAUUGGUUGCUCAGCUCAUGUUAAAUAAAGGACCUUCAUUGCACUGGAUAUUAAUAGCUACACUUUAUCAACUUCAGAAUCUCCUACCACAAGUUCCAGAAAAAGUGUUAAAGCAUUUUUAUGGCAUCACUUCCUUAUUCCAGAUUAAUUCUUCUUCCAUAAUAAGAUCACCUCAAAUUUCAUCACCUCAGGAAAAGAAUUGGACAAAUACCUUUACUCUUCAGAAUUCAACUCCUGAGUCUUCAGAUUAUGUCAUUCAAGAACAUAAUGAAUCUUACCAGGUUUCAGACUUUGGAGAGACAGUGCAGGAAGAGGGAGAAAUUCUUUCUAACUCUCCCAUGAUGGAAUUAAGUGAAAUGCCAAACAUGUUAUCAUCUGUGGAUUCUUAUAGUCAGACAAGUUACUGGAAAGACUCUAGUUAUAAACAAAACAUAGCACAGAAUAAUUCCUUUCUAAUUAACACAGAAUCACAGACAGCAACUUGUCAUACCUUUCUAAAUCAGAUUGAUUCAGAGUCUGAUAUCUUUGGUUUAGGUCUAACUCAAAUGGAUUGUGAAACCAGUUUAUACUCAUCACCAAAGUAUAGUCAUAAGAGAACUGCCCCCAAUUUUAUAAAUUAUCAGGAAAAGGAAACACAGAAAGCAAAAGAAUUCAGACAUAAAAAAGUAUCUACUCCUGUAUUUUCACGAGAAAGUCCUCAAUCUUUUCUUCACUGGAACUUUAAUAAAAAUGUACGGGAACAGAAUCACUCAUUAAACUUACAAUAUGGUGUAUGUGACAAAUGGCACUCUCAGAAAGGUAAUUUAUUCACCACUUGGCAAAAAUGUUUAUCAGAUGACUUAGAAGACUUCUCAUACAAAUGUUCAAAUGAUGAGACUAAAAAGACUUUUUUGAGAGAAUCACCAUCUAAUCAGCAUUUGGAUUUAUUUUGUUCUUCUAAUUCUAAUGUAAAUGAAAAGGAAUUUGAUAACUUACAUUUCUACCAAAGAACUGGAAAAUGUUUAGGACAGAAAAGGUACCCUGAAUCUUCGCCUAAUAUAGGAUACAAGGAAGCAUGUCCAGAUUUCUUGUACUCCCAUCUGCCACAAUUCAAAAGGCGACGUCUAACGUAUGAAAAAGUCCCCGGGAGAGCUGAUGGACAAACUCGCCUAAGGUUUUUUUGA